AUGGGGUUGCAUAUGCCUCUUCCAGUGUUCUUGUUUAUGACACUGCUAAUACAGCUCACAACGCAACAGAAGGUGAAGUACGCCCGCUUUGUUGGUACCAAAGACGCCAUUUUCCCGUCGUCUGCUUUGAAAAAGGUGACAGCACAGAGCCCUGUUAGCUGUACACUGCAAUGUUCUCAAACGAAAGGAUGCCGUUCCUGGAACUUCUAUCAAACCAGGACCAUUGAAAACUGUGAACUAAAUUCCCACAAAGCUCUCAGCAAUGACUUAUUAGUAAGUCACGGUGGUGUAUAUUAUCAGGAUAUCAAGGAAGAGAUGGAUUGCAAUGAUCUAUAUGGUGCAGGAGUGUCGACUAUCAAAAUAACAGGAUUUGGAAUAAAGGAGGUGUAUUGUGACAACGGAUGGCUUGUUGAGAUGAGAAGAUAUGACAGCACAGCGGACUUUAAUAGAAACUGGAGUCAAUAUAAGUUUGGUUUUGGGGAUCCCCGCCAACAGUUCUGGAUGGGCAAUGAAGCUCUUCAUGCCAUUACGAAACAGGGAGAUUAUUCUUUGCUGAUUAAUAUGCUGUCCUGCAACGGCAAUUAUUAUUACGCCAAAUGGAAUCUGUUUAAAGUUAAAAGCGAACUCAUGAAGUACGCCGUUGAUAACGCUCUAACGAUCGAGUCCUACAACACAACAAAUACUGAUGGCCUUCUGCAAAUACGUGGAGGUAAUUUUGGAACAUUUGACAACACGGAUGCUUAUUCUCCAGUGUCUAAUAAAACUUGUGCUGAGCAAAACGGUGGUGGCUGGUGGUUUAAAUCGUGCACCUAUUUCCAUCUAACUGGAUAUUAUCCUGAUUGCAAUCACACUGACACUGAUGACAGAUUGGACACAAAAAGUAAAAUGAAAUCCAAAGCCAUCACAGGAAAUAACUGUGACAUCGGGUGUUUGCUACAAGCCGCCACCAUGAAAAUCAGACGUAAUAAUUAG